CUCUACCAGCGAAGAUGCUCUGUGUAGAUCAAUGUGUGGACCCAGAGGAUGGAGUCCCUCCUUCGAAAACCUCUCAGUUCGAGGAACACGAAGCUCAGAGGAUGCUGCAGCACAGAUCAGACUCUGAUGGACCCAGCUGUGUGUCCAUGAAGAGUGACCAGUCUAAACAUUUUCUUAUUCGGUUUAAAGAUGAACGACCUGCUGAUAGAAGAGUUCAGCUGAAUGGCUCAGAAUUACGUGACCAGCCCGUCCAGCAGCAUCAAACACACCUGGACUCCAUCUUUAAGAUGCUCGAGAAGGACUUCUUCCCCUUUGUGAGGAACGAGCUCAAGAGAGUCCAAAGGGUUCUGACAUCAGAUUUCCCAGCAUCCUUAGAGAGUGAGGAAGAGGAGGAGGUGUUGGAUAGUGAGGAUGAAGGGCAGAGGAGGAGUAGAGAAGCAUUUCUGGAGAUCACUCUGCACCUUCUGAGGAGGAGGAGGCAGGAGGAUCUGGCUGACUGUCUGUGGAGCAAAACUGUCGUUCCAGAGUGCGGACACAAACUGAAGUCUGACCUGAAGGAGAAGUUCCAGUGUGUGUUUGAGGGGAUCGCGAAAGCAGGAAACCCUACCCUCCUGAACCAGAUCUACAUAGAGCUCUACAUCACAGAGGGAGGGACUGGAGAGGUCAAUGAUGAACAUGAGGUCAGACAGAUUGAAGCAGCAUCCAGGACACCACACAGAGCAGAGACCACCAUCAGACAAGAAGACAUCUUUAAAGGCUCACCUGAAAGAGAUCAAACAAUCAGAGCAGUGCUGACAAAGGGAGUGGCUGGCAUCGGGAAAACAGUCUUAACACAGAAGUUCACUCUGGACUGGGCUGAAGACAAAACUAACCAGGACAUCCAGUUCACAUUCCCCUUCACUUUCAGAGAGCUGAAUGUGCUGAGAGAGAGAAAGUUCAGCUUGGUGGAACUUGUUCAUCACUUCUUUACUCAGACCAGAGAAGCAGGACUCUGCAGGUUUGAAGAGUUCCAGGUUGUGUUCAUCUUUGACGGUCUGGAUGAGUGUCGAUUUCCUCUGGACUUCCACAACAAUCAGCUCCUGACUGAUGCUACAGAGUCCACCUCAGUGGAUGUGCUGCUGACAAACCUCAUCAGGGGGAACCUGCUCCCCUCUGCUCGCCUCUGGAUCACCACACGACCUGCAGCAGCCAAUCAGAUCCCUCCUGAGUGUGUUGACAUGGUGACAGAGGUCAGAGGGUUCACUGACCCUCUGAAGGAGGAGUACUUCAGGAAGAGGUUCAGAGACCAGGAGCAGGCCAGCAGAAUCAUCUCCCACCUCAAGACAUCCCGAAGCCUCCACAUCAUGUGCCACAUCCCGGUCUUCUGCUGGAUCACUGCUACAGUUCUGGAGGAUGUGCUGAAGACCAGAGAGGGAGGAGAGCUGCCCAGGACCCUGACUCAGAUGUACAUCUACUUCCUGGUGGUUCAGUCCAAACUGAAGAGCAUCAAGUACAAUAGAGGAGCUGAGACUGAUCCACUCUGGAGUCCAGAAAGUAGGAAGAUGAUCCAGUCUCUGGGAAAACUGGCUUUUGAUCAGCUGCAGAAAGGAAACCUGAUCUUCUAUGAGUCCGACCUGACAGAGUGUGGCAUCAAGAUCAAGGAAUCUGAGUGGAUGUAA